AUGUCUCUGUCCACCAUCUUCUACAACACUAUUGCUAAGCGCAACAGUGUGUACGUGACGAGCAUCUUCGCGGGCGCGUUCGCGUUCAACAUCGGUUUUGACCUCGGCGUCACGUCCUUCUGGGACUCGUGGAACAAGGGCAAGCAAUGGAAGGACAUCCGUCACAAGUACGUUGAGGAUGCAUGA